AUGGCACGAGCAGCUCCAAUGCUGGUGUCUAAACUUCAGAGGUCGAGUCACGGUGGCGUAGGUGAAGCUACUGCAGAGGCAGGGAAGAAAAGAGGAACAAGAGAGAGUGAUAUUACAAUUUGGGAAGAUAAAUCUGUUCCAGCUCACGCCAUGGAUUUGGAUUCUUCUUCACUAAAGGUUUUUGAGCUUGGGAAGCUCGUGUUGAGCUCCGGUCUCUUACACAGCUCAUGGAGUAAGAUCUCAGAGAUACAUAAAUCAACCUCUCCGAAUCAACAACGUUCAGGUCUAGGAAUCAAGAUUUACCAACAAGACAAAUACACACUUGUGGUCUUUGACGCACCACCGAUUCUCUCUUCAAACUCCGCCUCUACUCUUCUUUCCGGUUCACAAGAUGAUAAUCCGUUUCACUUCCUCUUCUCCGAGAACAUCUCCUCCUUCUCUCUUCACACACCUGCUUACAAGCUUUUUGACUCUGCCUAUAAACGUCUCUCUGAAUUAAAAGAAUUAAAAUCAAAGUUGCUCCAGAAACUCAAGGCUAAUAAAUCAGUGAUCAUCACCGGAGCUGCUCUAGGAGGAUCCGUCGCAUCUCUCUUCACGCUAUGGCUUCUAGAAACCAUAGAGCCGAAACUAAAACGGCCCUUGUGCAUCACAUUUGGCUCGCCUCUAAUCGGUGACGCUUCUCUGCAGCAGAUUCUAGACCACUCCGUGUGGAACUCAUGUUUCCUUCACGUUGCUGAUGCUACACAACAAACUCCAAUCACGGCCGGUUUCAAACCUUUUGGAACGUUCUUGAUCUGUUUUGAUUCUCAGUGUAUCUGCAUCGAAGACCCUGACGCGGUCUUGGAGUUGCUAACCGGUGAUACUAAUACGGAUUUACUUGGCUGGAGAGACUACGGAGAAGUUCUACGGCGUUUAGACCAAUCCUCAAUGGCGGAUUCAAGUCUGAAGUCGAUGGUGUUAUCAGUAGAAUGGAGGAACGUAAGAAGCUGCGUUUUGAUCAGCUGA